AUGAAUACAGCGGUCCUAGCUUCGGACGUCAAUAUGCUGGGGGACCGAAACCUUUUCGCGAAAAAAAAUCAUGCUGCUGCUCAUACGAGUCCACGUAUAUCUUCUCCUCUCACACCUCCCGCAACUGGAGAAACGAAGAUCAAUAAUGGAGAAAGCAGUAGUAGCAGUAGCAUAGAAGGAGGAAUUGCAAAACGUAAACCAAAAGAUCUUUCACAAUCACCAACUGCAAGAAUCUUGAACACGUUCCCGAUAAGAGAUUCCCCUGGUAAUCCAUUCUUACAAGGUGGACCAGCAGAUGCAGGUCUUUCGGGACCAAGGAUGUGGCAAGCAAGACAAAGACUGGCAAAGAUUCCAAAACGUGAGAGAGGAAAGAUGACGUAUGUAUUCAGAGGUCAAAGGGUUACCUAUGCAGAACCUUUUGCAAGUGAUUCGGAAGAAGAAGAGGAAGAACAGAUGACUAGCACAUACCUUGGUGAUGGAUAUUGGAGGCAUGAGAGGAACAACGAUCGUUUGCAACCUCGUAUCUUAUUCCCACAGGCAAUGUCUGCCUCUUCUAGCUCAACCGAAUCAUCGAGGAAACGACCAGCUCAACUUGACUAUCUAUCAGAUCCUUCUUCGCAUAACGCUUCCCGCUCAGGCGAAUCUUAUAGCGGCAUCAACCAUCCAAAGAGGCGCAAGAUCGACGGCAUACAAGAACAGAACCGAGAUCUACUUGACCAUCUCGAUCGUGCAGGCUGGAAUAGCGAUGGAGAGAUGGAUGUUCAGGAAGAGGAUGAAGUGAGCAAAUCGAUGUUAGGGCGGGAAGAACAACAGCAAGAAGAAACGUCAAUGGACCCUUGCUUCACCGACAAGACCAUAAGGCCACGUCAAUUCGACAGCGAUGAUGAAAGCGAAGAAGAGGAGCUUGAGGUGGAAGAUAAUCCAUUCUUGGAUGCAGCACCGAUGCAAAGGUCUAAUUCACGCACGUACGAAGAAGAACGAGCUUCAAUCUUUGGCUUACAAUAUGAUUCAGAGCAAACACAUAACAUCUAUACGACCAAUCACUCCCAUGCAUCAUUCUCAUCUAACCCUUAUGCCAGCCGACCACGAGGACAUGCACAUUCGCUCGCACAUUCUAUGCAUGUGCCUGGACAUUUACGUGGUCGUCGAUAUUGA